AUGGAAGAUGUCAUAGCUCGUAUGCAAGAUGAGAAAAAUGGGAUUCCUAUUCGUACAGUCAAAAGCUUUCUUUCCAAGAUUCCCAGUGUUUUCUCUGGUUCAGACAUUGUUCAGUGGUUAACAAAGAAUUUGUCGAUAGAAGAUCCAGUGGAAGCCCUUCAUUUGGGAACACUCAUGGCAGCUCAUGGUUAUUUCUUUCCUAUCUCAGACCAUGUUCUAACCCUGAAGGAUGAUGGUACCUUUUACCGGUUCCAAACACCCUAUUUUUGGCCAUCCAAUUGUUGGGAGCCGGAAAACACAGAUUAUGCGGUUUACCUCUGCAAGCGAACAAUGCAAAACAAAGCACGGCUUGAGCUAGCAGACUAUGAAGCAGAAAGCUUGGCCAGGUUGCAGCGAGCAUUUGCACGGAAAUGGGAGUUUAUUUUUAUGCAAGCAGAAGCACAAGCCAAAGUGGACAAGAAAAGGGACAAGAUAGAAAGAAAAAUCCUUGAUAGCCAGGAGAGAGCAUUUUGGGAUGUACACCGGCCAGUGCCUGGAUGUGUAAAUACGACUGAAGUUGAUAUUAAAAAGUCUUCAAGAAUGAGAAAUCCUCACAAAACAAGAAAGUCUGUUUAUGGAUUACAGAAUGAUAUUCGAAGUCAUAGUCCUACACACACACCAGUGCCCGAAACAAAACCUCCCACAGAAGAGCAAUUGUGUCAAGAGAUAAAAUAUUGGCAAAUACAGCUAGACAGACAUCGGUUAAAAAUGUCAAAAGUUGCCGAAAGUCUAUUAACUUAUACUGAGCAGUAUGUGGAAUAUGACCCUUUUCUGGUGCUGCCUGAUCCUUCUAAUCCUUGGUUAUCAGAUGAUACUACUUUCUGGGAAACAGAAGCAAGUAAAGAGCCAAAUCAGCAAAGAGUAAAGCGAUGGGGAUUUGGCAUGGAUGAAGCUCUGAAAGACCCAGUGGGAAGAGAACAGUUCCUCAAAUUCCUGGAGUCCGAAUUUAGUUCAGAGAAUUUAAGGUUCUGGUUAGCAGUAGAAGAUCUGAAGAAGAGACCCAUACGUGAGGUUCCUGCCAGAGUACAGGAAAUCUGGCAAGAAUUUCUUGCUCCUGGAGCACCGAGUGCCAUUAAUCUAGACUCAAAAAGUUAUGAUAAAACCACACAGAAUGUGAAGGAACCAGGGCGAUAUACAUUUGACGAUGCUCAGGAGCACAUCUACAAAUUGAUGAAAAGUGAUUCAUAUCCACGUUUUAUACGUUCCAGUGCCUACCAGGAAUUACUGCAGGCCAAGAAGAAGUUGGGAAAUACACUGGAUCGCCGAACAUCAUUUGAGAAAUUCACACGAAGUGUGGGGAAAUCGCUCACAUCAAAGAGAUUAACCAGUCUAGUGCAGUCCUACUAAAAGUAUCACCUUGUAGCAUGGAAGCAGACUCAGUCAUUAUACAUACUUCGUAGCUCACUAAUUGCCUGAAAUCAAAGGACAAUAGAACAAGAUGUUGCAUGAGCAAGGACCUGACUUGUUUUCUCUUGUGUAUAUCAAGGCAUUACAGACUCCACGGGACUCACUAACCUUUUGAUGCCUCCAUUUUGAAAACUCUCUGCUCACUUUCGCCUUCGUAUCAAGCUGGAUCUGUGUCUAUUUAUUUUCUGCAAGCUCCAGUACAGUUUAAAAAAAAAAAAAAGCUUCUGUUAGGCACAGUUUAUUUACAGUGCUGUCAUUCACAAACUGGAAGACAUGUAAAAAAAGAAUAUAUUAAUAAAUAUACCUAAUAUGGCAUCACAGCUAUUGCACAAUAAAUUAGCACAGAAGGUUCUGUCUCACAGGUGUAUUCACAUCAAGAAAGAAAGUCUGUGUCUUUGUCUGUUGUCUGUAAAUUCUGUUAAUGUUUCUUGCAUUUAUUUUUAUACCAUAUUUUAAGGGGAAAAAAGAAAUCCUUU